AUGGACGACCGACCGAGCUUUGCAGCGCUCCGACAGGUGCUCUACCGCCGCGGCCAGCGGUCCAUUCUCGAUGCCGUCGUCGUCGACAGCCAAGUGCACGAUCGCUACGGCGCCCAGGUCGUCGAGUUCCACCUGCGCUUCCGUACGAAACACCAUGGCGACCUCCUCGCAUGGCUCGACUACUACACGCUCUACGACCUCUCGCUGACGCUGCGCAUGCGCGACGCCGAGCUGCCGCCGCUCGCAACCAAGUGCUUUUACCUCGAGCUCAACGACACGAUCCAGCGCCUCAAUGCCUUCCUCCACGCCGCCGUCAUCAGCCAGCGCGUCGAGUGGAGCCUCCGCGUGUCGCCUGAUCUCUGCUUGCACAAGCACCUCCCGUUCCGGUGCCCAGUGCUGCGUGACGGCGACCCCGAUGACGCCGACAACAACAACCAGGAUGAUGAUGACGCGUCAACAACUGAGACCGACCAUAUCGAGUCCUCGGACGUCGUCGAUAGCACCUCGACCCGCAUGUCGCUCGAACCAAUGGCGGUCGAGAUCGCCCACUGCACGAUCCUUGGAAGCCGCGUCAUCACGGGGCUCGGCAAAGCCUUUGUGCAAUACGAGCUGUACGUGGCAACGACCUCGAUUGACGAUCCGAGCUUUCACGUCUGGACGCGGUACCGGUCGCUGCGCAAGUUUGCUGCGCGCCUCCAGCACCAAAACCCGGGGCUGCCCAAGCUGCCCCGGCGGCGGCUGGUUGGCAACCUCAGCAGUCGCACGAUCGCCAGUCGCAUCGCUCAAAUCAACGGGUUCUUGGCGGCCGUGGUCGCCGACGACUCGCUCGCGUGGCAUAUGCAGCUGCGCGCCGACACGAUCGCGUACAAGCACCGGGGUCGCGCCCGCUCGGCCGCAACAGCUACCAGUGAGUGA